CUGUCUUCUUCGGAUGAAUUUCCCUUUUCGCUCGAAGUGUUUGUUUUUUAAGUGCUAAUCCAGAACAACGACCGCAGUAUUUUUGGCUUGUGUAGUUUUUCAAAUUAAAUUCGCUAAAAACCCAUUAGAAUAUUACGCAUUUUUAUUCCUUUUUAAUUUACGUCAUCGUUGAUUGUUGCAAAAUCAAAUAGUGCUGAAAGGAUCAUCUCCAAACUAAGUUGUUGCCCAUACAUGGUUCAGAUACUUAAGUUGUGAUUUACCAUCGAUUGAUUAUAAACAACACAAAUUAAUUAAUUUGAGAUUAUAAGGUGUGUCGGAGAGAUUUAAUUCUCUGAACGCUGAAAUGUCUCAAAAUCUCAAUAAUACUUCUUCGUCACAUCGCGAUUAUGGCGCCACUUCAAGUACAACCGCAAACAUGAUCGGUUCUGGCGGCUCAUCGUCAUCAAUUCCUGAUGUGAAUUUUUCCGGCUUCAGCCCGACUGAGUUUAUGUCGCUCAGUGAAGACAUUGGUCAUAACAUACAAGCCAUCAACUCGUCUUACAAACAAUUGGAUAAAAUUCUACAAAUUAUUGGCACGCCACGCGAUCAACAAUCAACACGUGAUAAGGUUCAUGAUAUUCAUACCAAGGCCAAUCCUCGCAUUGAAGCCACCAGUAUUGAUUUUCAACGGCUAACGGCAAUUGUUCGCCGUGGAGACAAGCAACAAAAGUUGCAAUUGGAAAAGCUAUAUAAUGAUUUUUGCACAGUGGUGGAAAAGUACUCCAUAAUUCAGAAACGCAUUGCUGUAGCCAUGCGUCAGACAUAUUCGCAAAACCAAUUGGCCCAAAUGCAGGAGCAACAGAAGCCCAAUGACAAUGAGAGGCAAAUGUUGUUGCGACGGCAAAUGCAAGUGGAACAACAAGAAAUGCAAUUUGAACACGAUUUGCUGGUGGAUCGUGAAAGACAGAUUAAACAAAUAGAGGCUGAUAUUUUAGAUGUUAAUUCAAUAAUGCGUACCAUGAGUACUUUGGUGCAGGCCCAAAGCGAAGAUGUGGAACGUAUUGAAACCUCUGUGGAAACUACCGCUGCAGAAGUGGAACUUGCCCGAGAAGAGUUGGCGAAAGCCGCAAAUCAUCGUCAGAGUUAUCGCCGUAAAAUUUUAAUUCUUUUAGCCAUCGCUGUGAUAAUAGGCCUAAUCGUUACUGGUAUUAUUGUCAGUAAAUUGACCAGUUAAAGCACCCAGUGUAACAAUAAUUGUGUGAUUUAAUGAAAUCCUUUUCUGCCUAAAUGUUGGAAAACAAACAAUGAAACGGAGUGACAAACAUAGUUCACUUCGGUCAAUCUUAACGUAGUAAUAUCGUAUCAAAUAAAACAAGAAAUAAUGGAUUUUAUGAAUGAAAGCGCAUUAUGAAUGCCCUGUUGAAAUUAUGAAUAGAUAUUGUUACUAUUCACUGAUAAUUAUUUGAAUGUUGUUUUGCAAAAUAUUUAUUAUUUAGAUUAUUUAUUUAAUCUAUAUGAAAUGAUACAAAUCCUUAUGUAGUAACCAGAUUUUUAUUGCAAUUAUCAUUUCUUUAUUGCACUAUUUGUUAUUCUUAUACUUAUUUAAUGAUUCUACCUAUGUAUUUACAUAUUUAUGUAUAUAAUGAUUUUUGUAAAACUUAAAUUAAAUUUAAUUUAUUUUACAUACCUUUCCCAUUUCUUUUAAAAAUUUAUAACAUUCUCUUAGCUGUCUUACUCUGGAGUACAUAAAAAUGUAUGUACGUAGUUAACAAUUCGGAAACAUUUAUUAUACCACUUCAAAACAAAAAAAGAAAUUGGGAAUAAAACGAUAAAGAAAUUGAAAAUGGGA